AUGGCAAGGACUAGGUGCAGGUUCUUUGAACUGAUGUGUUUCACUGCGAUUCUAACAAAUGCCAAAACACCGCUCUAUAUCGGCGGUUUCAUGCCGUUCUCGGAUGUCACAUAUGACAAACUGGUGAAAUCGGUGCAUCGAGCGAUCGAAGACAUCAACUCAUUUGACGACAUCCUGUCUGACUAUGAACUCACAAUGAUUUGGAACUGGACUAUGGCUGAACCAGCUCCAGGAUUGAAAUUAAUUUAUGAUUUUGUAUACAACAAACCUCCGAUUGUGAUGGCAUGGGGUCCUAUAUAUUCUAAAGUAGGUGAAGUGGUGAACGAGGUUGCGAAAGAAUAUAACCUCGUACAGGUGUGUAUCGCGCAGUUUCAAUCAAAUGACGAACAUCUACAGCGUUAUCAGUACACAGUUCAGAUCUACCCUAAUUCCAAUGUCUUCACCCCAGCACGCACGAAAUUAAUUCAGUUAUUUGGAUGGACGCGGGUGGCAAUAAUCUAUCAAAAUGUCGACUUAUUUCGAAGAUUGAUGGAAGAAAUGGUUGUUGCCAUGCGACAAGAAGGUAUCCAACUACUCGCGGUGGAAUAUGUCGACCAGGAUCCGCACGAACAGGUGGCAAAUUUGAAGAAACAUGAUGCAAGAAUUAUCAUAGGAUUAUUCUAUCAAGAUAUCAUGACGAAGGUGUUGUGUGAGGCUUACUCGCAAGGUUACUAUGGUGACAAAUACGUCUGGAUGCUCGUUGGAUGGUACCACGCACAGUGGUGGGUGGAAGAAACACAUUUAGCCGAACAACGGGGCGAAAGAACGUGCACUUCUGAGCAAGUUGGAUUACUUGUCGAUGGUUCCAUAAGUAUGCGUGGAUUCGAAGUCCAAAAAGAUACGAGUAAAAUAAACUUUAACGGCGUGUACCCGACUGCUGAACAGAUUGAAUUUUACCGUCAUCUACAAUCACAACUGGUUACCGGCGGUGCGUGCGACUCGUAUGGUUACGAUCAGAUAGUAACUAUGGCACUGACGCUUAACUCAUCAAUCGAGAAAGUUGAGAAGUUAAAUCCUCCACGAAAACUGCAUGAGUUUACCUACAGCGAUGCAGAGAUGGCAAGAAUCUUCCGGGAACAGGCAGGGAAAACUACAUUUGUUGGUCUUACCGGUGAAGUGGUGUUCGAUUCGUAUGGUAGUAGGUUUAGCAAUGCCGUUAUACAACAAAUGCAAGCUUGGAAGAAAGAGGAAAUCUGCGUGUACGAUCGCGACAUGAAAUCAUUCCGAUGGAUUAAUGAGUUCCAAUGGCCGGGUGGGAGAACUCCGGUUGACGGUCCUACCUAUAUCAAUAUACCCGUUGUCAUAGAAACUGUGAGCAGAAUUGUGAUGUUUUCAUUGGCUUGUGUGGGUAUUCUUGUUGCUGCUGUAUUCCUGGUUCUCAAUAUAGCAUGGAGAGAUAGAAGGGUAAUCAAAAUAUCAUGCCCACCUUUGAACAACGUGAUUGCCGUUGGAUGUAUGCUUCUCUACUCUUCUACGUUCUUGUUCGGCAUUGAUCUGAGUUUCCUCGGCGACUGCGCAGUAGGUUACAUAUGUCAGCUAGAGCUGUUCGUGGUAUGUACGUCGAUUUCAUUGGCCUUUGGCGGAUUAUUUAUGAAAACAUAUCGAAUACACGCCAUAUUCUCAGCAUCGAUGAAGAAAGUGAGAAAAGUGCGUGGUGUUACUAAUGGUCGGUUACUUGGUGUGAUUGGUGCUUUCGUCGUUAUUGACGUCAUAACUUUAGUUGUCUGGCACAUAAUAGACCCGAUAUAUAAGACGGUGACAUACCUUGAUGCGAAAUUUGACGAAGAAGAAUAUUGGAAGGAAAUAUGGCGUGUUCCGGAAGUGACGUUAUGCACGUCAGAUAGACAUUUUCACUUCACACUAGCAAUAUACGUGUACAAAGGAUGUAUCUUACUAUUUGGCGUUUUUCUAGCAUGGGAAACCAGAAAUGUUGCAGUCACGGAACUUAAUGACAGUAAAUACAUUGCAAUGUCUGUCUAUACCGUGGGAAUCUCGUGUAUAGUUGCGGUCCCUGUAAUGUAUAUCUGGUACGAGGACACAAACUUUAUGUUUAUAUUUAUUAGCUCUAUUGUCAUGAUUACCGCAUCAGUUAUAUUGGGUUUAGUUUUUGUGCCUAAGUUCGUUUUAGCUCACAAAUAUCCUGACAGAGUUAUAUCUACUUUAUCCGUCUACUCCUGUACCGAUACGCGUUCACAACUCUCGACAUCGGCUGUGUUGACAGAACUCAGUAACAAGCUAAUACAGAAACAGUCGGAGUUGCGGGAGCUGCGAAAAAGAGCAUACGAUCUUCAGUAG